ACCGAACGCGUGAUUGGCGGGAGGGUCGAGCAGGUGCAGUGAAAGUGGCCAAUCGGGGGAGGAGAUGGAGUGGUGACGGGUAGGGAUGCUCGUUGGAGGGAGACGCCGAAAGUCUGGUGGAGUUUGGCCGAUGAUGAUGCACCUACACCCUCUGACCACAUGGGGGCGGGACUUCCCUGCUGCAGAGAGAGAGAGCAAGCGUGGGUCAGAGUGACACCAGCUGAGCCUCCUCCUGUUUACUGUAAAUGCUCAUGGUGAUGUUCAGAGAGACUCGCCGUCUGAAGCUCAGCAGGCCGUUCUCCGGUGAUCUCACACACGCCGACGCCGUCCAGGACAUGAAGGAUCCUGAGAAAGAAAAUGAGUUCCGUGGCGAGCUGGUGAACCAGCGGUGGACACGAGGCGAGAGGACCAGCAGCCGCUGUCAGGCCUCCCAGAGACUGCAGAGCCGCCGACCAAUCAUGAUGAGCGUGGAGGGCGACGACAAGAGGACUCGCACUCGGUCCAAAGGAAUCAGAGUUCCUAUCGAGCUGGUAGGACAGGAGCUGAGCUGCCCCACCCCUGGAUGCGAUGGCUCCGGCCAUAUCAGUGGGAGAUACUCACGACACAGAAGCGUCCUCGGCUGCCCCAUCGCCAGGAAACGCCGUCUGGAAGAGGCCGAGGCGGAGCAGGAGCAGGAGGACCAGGACGCAGAGCGGCCCGCCUCCAAGAGGAAGUCCCACCCCCUGAAACUGGCGCUGGAUGAAGGCUUCGGAGCCGACAGCGACGCCAGCAGUGAGGCUGAGGGAGAAAAAGAUGGAGAGAAGGCCAAGGAGGAAGACGAGGAAGAGGAAGAGGAGAGGGAGGCAGCAGUAGAGGAGGAAAGAGAAGAGGAGACGCAGGAUGAACAGACCAACGGGCACGAAAAGGAGGAGGAGACACAGAAGGAGGAGGAGGAAGAGGAGCAAAUAUCAGAGGAGACGGUUCAGAAGGAGGAGGAGACGGUCAGAGCUGAGGAAGAAGAAGAAUGUGUCAUCAUUGAGCCAGAGCACACAGCAGCGCCCCCUGCAGACCAGUGUCCUUCCCCCUCUCAGAGCGCUGAAGAGGUGGCCAAUUCUCUCCUCCACCUCGGCCGAGUCCCCGACAACAGCGAUGCCACUUUGGCCCUCCAGCAGCCUGUUGCUAUGGAGACUGAGGAGGAUAUUGCCGUGGCAGCCACACGGGGUGAAGAAGUGGAUGAACGGGAGGAGGUGGAGGAGGAGGGGGAGGGGGAGGGGGAAGAGGGGCACAGAGUUCAAGGAUCAGUGGAGUCAUCUGUUGGUCAGGAGGAAGAAAGUCAGAACCAGCAGCAGAGCCCGCCAGACCAGAAGCGGGAAGACAGGGGAGGAGACCAGAAGGAGGAAGAGGAGGAAGAGGAGUCAGCUCCAGCACAGAAGAGACCCACAGGGCCAGCACUACAGCUGCCAGCACCCCAGAAAACUACAGCCCACAGGGCCAGCACCCCAGAAAACUACAGCUCCCACAGGGCCAGCACCCCAGAAAACUGCAAUUCCCACAGAGCUAUUCCGCUCCACAAACAUGACCCCCACAAACCUCCUCAGAGCUACCGGUCCAGUCCCCCCCUCGGCUUCAGGACCAGCCCACUCCACGACUUCUUCCCCGCCAUGAGGGGAGAGAACUUCAAGCUGCACAAGGUGUCCUCGGCCUCGCCAGACAUCAUCGAGGUGAGGUCGGACCGCUCCGAGGAGAAGGACUAUGACGAUGUGGAUGGGGACGAUGAGCGGGACGACGAGGACAGCCUCUCUCAGCGCUCCACGGUGACAGACGAGUCCGAGAUGUUUGACAUCACCAGGGGAAACCUGGGUCUGCUAGAGCAGGCCAUCGCGCUGAAGGCCGAGCAAGUGAAGCCAGCCGGGCCCCGAGAACUGCUGUGUGGCCCCGACCUCCAUCACCAGAGAUACUUCACCAUGGAGGACAGGCCCAAACACCUGGACGUCCUGAGGAAGAGCUACUUUGGCAAAGAGAGCAGCAGGCCAGAGAAGAGGGAGAUCAAGUGUCCCACCCCGGGCUGUGAUGGGACGGGUCACGUCACUGGUCUUUACCCCCACCACCGCAGCCUGUCAGGCUGUCCACACAAGGACAGGAUCCCCCCUGAGAUUCUGGCCAUGCACGAGAACGUGCUGAAGUGUCCGACCCCCGGCUGCACCGGUCAGGGCCACGUCAACAGCAACCGCAACACGCACCGCAGCCUCUCUGGAUGUCCCAUCGCCGCUGCAGAGAAACUCUCCAAGAGCCACGAUAAGCAGCUCCUGUCUCAGCCCGGCGCCGAGCUGCUCAAAGGAAGCCCCAACGACCGCGUGCUCCGGCCCAUGUGUUUCGUCAAGCAGCUGGAGGUUCCUCCGUUCGGCAGCUACCGCCCCAACAUGGCGCCUGCCACGCCCCGCGCCAACCUGGCCAAGGAGUUGGAGAAGUACUCCAAGGUGUCCUUCGAUUAUGCAAGCUUCGAUGCUCAAGUGUUCGGGAAGCGCAUGCUUGCUCCAAAGAUGCCCACCAGCGAAACCUCACCCAAAGCCUUCAAAAGUGAGACCAGGACCUCCUGUAGACUUUUUACAGACAGAAACCAGAGACCCAGACCUCCUAGGACAGCCCUCAUGGACAUACGUCCCACAGAGAGCAGCCCUCAUGGACAUACGUCCCACAGAGAGCAGCCCUCAUGGACAUACGUCCCACAGAGAGCAGCCCUCAUGGACAUAUGUCCCACAGAGAGCAGCCCUCAUGGACAUACGUCCCACAGAGGACAGCCCUCAUGGACAUAUGUCCCACAGAGAGCAGCCCUCAUGGACAUACGUCCCACAGAGAGCAGCCGUCAUGGACAUACGUCCCACAGAGGACAGCCCUCAUGGACAUACGUCCCACAGAGGACAGCCUUCAUGGAUAUACGUCCCACAGAGGACAGCCUUCAUGGACAUACGUCCCACAGAGGACAGCCCUCAUGGACAUACGUCCCACAGAGGACAGCCCUCAUGGACAUAUGUCCCACAGAGAGCAGCCCUCAUGGACAUACGUCCCACAUAGAGCUGCCCUCAUGGACAUACGUCCCACAGAGGACAGCCCUCAUGGACAUACGUCCCACAGAGGACAGCCUUCAUGGACAUAUGUCCCACAGAGAGCAGCCCUCAUGGACAUACGUCCCACAGAGAGCAGCCGUCAUGGACAUAUGUCCCACAGAGAGCUGCCCUCAUGGACAUACGUCCCACAGAGGACAGCCCUCAUGGACAUAUGUCCCACAGAGAGCUGCCCUCAUGGACAUACGUCCCACAGAGAGCUGCCCUCAUGGACAUACGUCCCACAGAGGACAGCCUUCAUGGACAUAUGUCCCACAGAGAGCAGCCCUCAUGGACAUACGUCCCACAGAGAGCAGCCCUCAUGGACAUAUGUCCCACAGAGAGCUGCCCUCAUGGACAUACGUCCCACAGAGGACAGCCCUCAUGGACAUAUGUCCCACAGAGAGCUGCCCUCAUGGACAUACGUCCCACAGAGAGCUGCCCUCAUGGACAUACGUCCCACAGAGGACAGCCUUCAUGGACAUAUGUCCCACAGAGGACAGCCCUCAUGGACAUACGUCCCACAGAGAGCAGCCCUCAUGGACAUAUGUCCCACAGAGAGCUGCCCUCAUGGACAUACGUCCCACAGAGGACAGCCCUCAUGGACAUAUGUCCCACAGAGAGCUGCCCUCAUGGACAUACGUCCCACAGAGAGCUGCCCUCAUGGACAUACGUCCCACAGAGGACAGCCUUCAUGGACAUAUGUCCCACAGAGGACAGCCCUCAUGGACAUACAUCCCACAGAGAGCUGCCCUCAUGGACAUACGUCCCACAGAGAGCUGCCCUCAUGGACAUACGUCCCACAGAGGACAGCCUUCAUGGACAUAUGUCCCACAGAGGACAGCCCUCAUGGACAUACGUCCCACAGAGAGCAGCCCUCAUGGACCCAUUGCUGAGAGGCACUGUCCCACCGUUGUAGACCACGUGGAGGAGAUUGACAUGGACAUCGAGGUGGACGAGAAUGGAACCUUGGACCUGAGCAUGAAGAAGCCCAUCAAACGUGAGGGCAGCCUGUCGGCCACCAGCCCUGGGGUCCGCUCCCCCGACCCGUCCUCUUCGGCUUCCUCGCUCCAUCACGGCAGCGGGAUGACAUCACCCAACCUGCUCGCCUAUAAGCAGGAGGAGUGGGAGGGGCCUCUGGAUUACACCAAACCGAACCGCCAGAGGGAGGAGGAACCAGAGGAGGUCAGUGUGAUUAGAGAGUGUCCCACACCUGGCUGUGACGGCAGCGGUCACAUCACAGGAAACUACGCGUCCCAUCGCAGUCUGUCUGGGUGUCCUCUCGCUGAUAAGAGCCUUCGGUCCCUCAUGGCGGCCCACACCCCUGAACUCAAGUGUCCCACCCCAGGAUGUGACGGCUCGGGUCACAUCACAGGAAACUACGCCUCACACAGAAGUCUCUCUGGGUGCCCGCGUGCCAAGAAAAGUGGAAUUAAAACUCCUACCAAGGACAACCAGGAGGACUCGGAGCUUUUAAAAUGUCCCGUUCCCGGCUGUGACAGCCUGGGUCACAUCAGCGGGAAGUACGCCACCCAUCGCAGCGCCUAUGGUUGCCCGUUGGCGGCCCGCAGACAAAAGGAAGGGCUCCUGAACGGGACCCCUUUCAACUGGAAGGCCUUUAAGACAGAGGGGCCCACGUGUCCCACCCCCGGCUGUGACGGCUCCGGACACGCCAACGGGAGCUUCCUCACGCACCGCAGCCUCUCAGGAUGUCCUCGAGCUUUGUACGCCAAGAAGAAGGCCAAGUUCCCAUCAGAGGAUUACCUGAGCACCAAGUUCAGAGCUGGCGAUGUCCUGGACAAUGACGAAGACAUCAAGCAGCUCAACAAAGAGAUCAACGACCUCAACGAGUCCAACAACGAGAUGGAGGCUGACAUGGUCAACCUGCAGACUCAGAUCUCGUCCAUGGAGAAGAACCUGAAGAGUAUCGAGCACGAGAACAAGAUGAUCGAGGAGCAGAACGAGGCUCUGUUCAUGGAGCUGUCGGGUCUGAGCCGCGCCCUCAUCCGCAGCCUCGCCAACAUCCGCCUGCCACACAUGGAGCCAAUCACAGAGCAGAACUUCGACCGCUACGUGAGCACGCUGACCGACAUGUACACCAACAAGGACUGCUUCCAGAGCCCGGAGAAUAAGGCUCUGCUGGAGAGCAUCAACAAGGCUGUGAAAGGCAUCAAAGUCUGACCGCCACACACGCCAUCAAAGCCUGACGCUGCACGCCAACACACACACACACACACAGAAACACACACCAACACAGAGAGGGAGAGCGUGCUCUGUCCUGGAGCAGCCAGCGUGGUGGAGGCGAGGAGAGAUGUUGAAAUCCUCGACGAUACACUGAAAUAUGUUCAAAAACAAAAAAGGGAAUUCAGGUUAUUUAAAUAAACGGCAACUUUAAGAAAUCAUCCCAGGGAGCACUCGGUUCGAGGAACGGACCAAAACCAACGCCAGGAUCAGGCGGCCGGAGCGGACUGUGACGGGGCUUUUUACACACUGGCGUCUUUUUGACUGUUUGAGGAGCGACGGCGAAGACGAGGACGCACGCUUCAUGCCUUGCAGAGCGUGUUUCCACUGCGGCGCGCCUGCAGCACAGACGCCAACAGGGAAACGGCGUUAAAAGAGACUUUCCGUCCUGUCAUGGUUAAAAGAAGCCCCGCCCCCUUGUUUCUUUUGUUGGACUUGAAUGACCAUAGUUUUAGCGUGCACAUGUUCCAGACCCUCGUAGUCAGAUCGAUAGUAUUUAUCAUAGGAAUUAUUGCACUUCAUUUCAAUGACUAGUUUGUGCUCUAAUAAUAAUAAUAAUUAUUCUUAAAUAUGAAUUAUUUAAACUUGUGAACUUUUAAAUUAUUACCGUUUAUGUUUAUUUAUUUGAAGCAAUCUAUUUAUUAUUCUCUUUGUUUUCUACGUUUGAAAAAAAGGGCGUGGCUCCUGUUUGAAGAGAGAUUUUGUUCCAGUACUUUUUGAAAACCUUUUUAAUUGCAGAUGUUUUAUAACUGAGAACUUUUGAUAAUAUUACAAAAUCUUAUUUUUGUUUGUUUUUUUGUUGUGGUUUUUUUUUUGUUACAGUAACCUUAAAUCCACUGCUGAGGAAAAAAGAAGAUAUGUAUUUAUUAUUUAUUGAAAUGAAGAAAUGGACUGAUAUGGCUGUAUAUUUAUUUUGUUAUUUAUGUGCGUGAUGUGACGGUUGAGUCUGAGUAGUCCGUAAACUCCACUGCUAAUAUUGAAUAAAGAAACAACCAAUCCAGACACUGUUUGCUUACUGUAGGCGAGUCGACCAACCAGCAGCUGAUUGUACGGCGGCAGCGUCGGCGAGUCGAUCCAAACUUUAACGUUACCUCUCCCGAGCGCUUUGUAGCGGCCAGCUCUGGCUCACACUAACUCUGAGACGUAAGCAGGACGAGCCUCGGCCCGGGCCGCCCGCCACACGCAGCCACAUAUCGCCCCGUAGGACGGCCUCCUUCGACCAACUAUCAGAUUAACAACCACACCCUUGUAGCCUUACUCUAGAUUUUAAUUUUUUGAUGCACAAAGUGCCACUAAAAGAGAAAACCAGAAAAAAGAGAGCUCACUUUCUUUCCUGAUUCUUCUUCUUCGCAUUUCUGCAAUGUACCAGCGUCUGGUCCCGGAGCGACCACGGCGCCACGGAGUGCUGAUUGUUUCAGAUGCCUUUAUUUCUCUGCCAAAAUGGCCGUUAGUACACGAUAUAUACAUUCUGUAUAAAUAGAUUUUAAAGAUGCUAUAUAUAAGAAUAUAAACAUACCUAUAUUUUUCCAGUGUAAUUGUUGACUUCUUCUUCUCUUGUAUGAGCUGAUCCCAGCGCCACCUGCUGUUCGAGGAGAUGUGAGUUCUCAUAGAAAGGAGGCAGUUACACUAAAGACCUGCUCAACUGUGGCUUUAAACACUCCGCUCAGUCAAACAGGACAAACCGAUGGGACGUCCCGUCCUUUCCUUUCUCGUCUGUCUUCAGUCCCAAACAUCUGCUGUUUGUUGUUCUUGCCCUGAAACUAGCUGGUUGUCAUGUGACUUUAUGUACAGUGAAAAAAGACGAGGCCUCAGGAUCAUGUUCUGCCCGCUGGCCGUGUUUCCACCGCAAAGACCUCCUCCAGGAGCCAGAACUUUAGGAG